CCAUGGCCCAACGUAUGCCCCCGCAGCCCGGGGAGAGAGCUCUCCUCAUAUCCCGGGGUGUGUGCCUCUCCUGCCAGUGUAGUGUUGCCCCCUGAGUGUGGGCGCCGGGGCGCUGCGGGGCAUUGGGCAGGGGCUACUGCGUCUCUGGCUGCUGCGUAAUAAUAGAAGCCGCCAUCAUCAACGUCUGGCGCUCCCUUCUCCGAGACAGACCUCCCUCUGGCCCCCGUGGGAUGCAGCCAGCCUGUCCCUGCAGCUCCGGUGCCAGUGUGCCAGACUGAGGAGUGCCAUCUGCUGGCAGGGCAGCCGCAGGCAUGUACAGAUUUUCAACUGAACUCCCAUCUAUCAACACUGGCAAAUAUUCACAAGAUAUACCACACACUCAACAGGCUGGGAGUCUGCGUUCGUGCAGUACUUCAGACUGCUUCACCAAAACUAUGCCGCCACGGAAAAAGAGGAGACCUGCAGCUGGGGACGACCUGUUGGCUAAGAAAAGUAGGCAUGACGGAAUGUACAAGAAAUAUGACUCAUCUAGAAUAAGAGCGGAGGAUGAAGCCUUCUCCAGCAAGAGGUGCUUAGAAUGGUUCUAUGAAUAUGCAGGAACUGAUGACGUAGUAGGUCCAGAGGGAAUGGAGAAAUUCUGUGAAGAUAUUGGUGUGGAACCAGAAAAUGUGGUUAUGCUUGUUCUAGCUUGGAAAUUGGAUGCACAGAAUAUGGGUUACUUCACAUUACAAGAAUGGCUAAAAGGAAUGACCUCCCUACAAUGUGACGCCACUGAAAAAGUUAGAAAUACUUUGGACUAUUUGAGGUCUUUAUUAAAUGAGCCAACCAAUUUUAAACUUAUUUAUAGAUACGCUUUUGAUUUUGCACGGGAAAAAGAUCAGCGGAGCCUAGAUAUGACUACAGCUAAGUGCAUGUUAGGACUCUUAUUAGGAAAAACAUGGCCCUUAUUUCCUGUGUUUCAUCAGUUUCUAGAGCAAUCAAAAUACAAAGUUAUCAACAAGGACCAAUGGUGCAAUGUUCUAGAAUUCAGCCGCACAAUUAACCUUGACCUCAGCAAUUACGAUGAGGACGGCGCAUGGCCAGUAUUGUUGGAUGAGUUUGUUGAAUGGUAUAAAGAAAAACAGGUGGCAUAACACAGUCACUAUGCAUUGCAGCUGAAGAGUCAAUGUUGUCACACUUGCGUCAGCCAUUAGCCAUACAGUAAAUUGCUGUCUGUAUCACAAUGCAUGUUGCUUUUUUUGCACAGUAGACCCCUCCGGCCGGGUUCCGGCACGCUAGUUGUCUGACAGGCCCGUCCUUAUGUUUAGCAUUGUCCUCUUUACAGGCUGCAUUGCAUUGCAUUGCGUAUUUACACUACAGAUUGGUGAUUUUGCCAAUGUCCUCACUGUGAUACUGUGUAUAUUGCUGUUAUUUUUUUAAUUUCUUUUGUAUAUGCUUGUACAUAAAUGCUUCUCUCAUAGAUCAUAUGCUGAAAUGUAAUGUAAAAAUUAACCUCUGCCAUAUUUCUAGUUUCCUAGUCUUUCUGAGGAACAAACUGAACCCCCCCUUCCCCCAAUCUCUGGCUUAGUUACGAGAAAAUCGUGUUAGUAUUUUUUUGCAUCUGGAAGUCACAAUGACACCAUGUAUACUUUUUCUUGUGGCACAAAGUGACACUCAAUCUGUAGACCUUUUAGUUAGUGAUUGUUGUAUUUUGAAAGAAUCUUGUUAAAGUGCACGUGUUACUUACAAACAUCGGAGGCAGAUACUUUAUGUGCUGGUCAGCCUAUCAGUCCAAUAGGAACUAGCGACACCAAUGAGGCAUGAGCCAUAAAUUGACCCUUUAUGAAAAAAAUCCACUGUUCCUAAAUUGGUUUUUACAGAAAACAAAAUGGCUGCUGGCACUGUAGAGGCAGCAGGUGCUUGUCAGAAUACUGCUCUGCCAGAUAGGCCAAUAAAUAACCUUUAUCCUCCCUCCUUUAGUGAGCCUCUCAGGUGAUACAAUUGUUUAAUAAAACUGCGUCUUAAGGUAAUAUUGAUAAUAUGCGAGUUGUAAAUCAAAAUGAGUGUUUUGGGUAUCUUCUGCCUAGGUAUCUGGGUGCAUGUGAACAAAUUCAUUUUAAGGUUCCCUUCAGUUAUUGAUAUGCAUGGAAUUGGCAUUAAAACAUACGUGUCCCUUACACAUAAUGGAGGCAGCCAUUUUGUUGGCUGAACCAAUAUAUACUAAAAUGAGCUACAGUAAUAUCACUAAAGCAUGGUUCAGCCUACGAACUGGUGACUUCCAUUACAUGUAAGUAACACAUACAGUUUAGGUGCUAUUUUGAAAUUUUAUCGUGCAGACUGGCUCCAUUCUGUGAAAACAUGUGUUGUGUACCAAUUGUAUUACAAAGGCAACCAGUGCUGCACCUGGCACUUUAAUAGAUAAUGACUCUCUUGUCUGUACAUCCAUCAAACAUGCUCAGCAUAACUACCAGACAAGGUAACCUCUCCUGUCUUCCAUGCUUUUGCUAAGUAUUUUUAUCUUGCUGUAUAUUCCUAGCCUUAAACCUGAUUUCCUGUUUGAAUGAUUGUAAGUACUGCUCUGUAAAUGUCUGAUCUGUAUAGUUCUUGUUAGUUUAUUAUUUUAAGAAGUGUUAUGUAUUUUGCAUAGUUUAACACUUCAGGUUGACCAACAUUCAGCCUUCUUGUUGCGGCAGAACUACCACCGUCCGCUGUGUUCAGGAAUAUGCCCACCUCUUCCUAAACUAAAGCAAUAAUAAUUAUUGAAUGAGGUAGUGAAAAAUAAGAACAAUAGUUAUUAAAAUAGGAUUUAAUAUUAUUGUCCUUCUUUGUCCUGUACCUAAUGAAGAAAUAAUGUGAUCCCCUGCCACCUAAAAUAUAUUGGUCUCCUGCAACUUGUGAAGACAGACAUUUUAUGCACCAGAUACUUAAGUGUGUCACUGAUGGGCUGCAGUUUAAUGAAUGUUGCAUUAGGCCACAAAAUGGCUGCCUGCACUAUUGGUAGGUACACUUUAUACACUACAUUCCAUACAUACUAGGUUGAUGUCUUUAGUGUAGGUAUAUGGAUUUCACCCUCACAUUAUAUUCCUAGUUUUUUUCCUCAAUGUCUGUUUAAAGAAAGCUAAGCUAACUGAAAUGUGAUACUAUAUUGAUAAAUAGCUUUGAGUACCUCUCCCACCUACAUUUUGGAUAAUUUUAACAAGUCCUUAAAUAUCAGGUCCUCUGUAUUUUUACACACUGUUCUAGCAAUUAAGUAUUCAUUUUUAAUUUAAGCUAGAAUAAAUAUAAUGGUAUAGAAAUUAGGAUCUUGUUGAAUCCAGAGUUAUUUUUUCUGCAUUAUAACAGAACGAAUCCCAGCAUGUUCUAUUCAUUCAUUGUAAGACGGCCUCCUUUCCCCUUGCACCAUACUGAGCCAGUGGCAUAUUUCUCACUAUGCCACGCUUACCCAGUGGGGUUGAACAUUAUGAAGUGCCCUCACUAGUUCUCCAUCCUUCAGCAUAUCAUGCCAGAUGUGAGCUGUGUCGCUGGAUGUGUAAAGCAGCACUUCGAGUAUCACCCAAAACCCCAGCACCUGCCACUCCUGUUGGCAUUUGGGAACAUUUUGGUCGGCUAAUAUAUAAUCAUAUCCUCUGCUGAACUUGUAUAUAAUGGUAUGAGUGCUCUAGUAGACUGGCAUAUAAUAUGGACACUCUCUGGCCCAGUACAGACACUACAAUCUAGAGUGUGCCUGUGACAAUGUGGUGGACUGGAAUAUAAUAAAGGUACUCUGUGAAAUGUGUAUAUAUUGGUAUUAGCUGGUGCGGGCUGGCAUUAUAAUGGGGUGCUCUUUGGGCAUGUAAAUAGUAGUAGUGCUAGGCUGACAUGUGGUAAACUCUAUUGGUUGCUUAUUUAGUCCAGUGGGGUAAAAUUUAGCUGUGAAAUUAAAGGCGUUUUCAACAAAUUUGUUUUUAUAGUUUAAAAGAAGUGUCAUGUCUGCCAGAUAAUUUACACUGACAUCAUGUUACACUAGAACUCCUUAUUUGUUAAUUUAGGCUAACUUACAGACCAGUUGUAAGAACUUGUGACUAUUACAAUAGCAUUGCUUAAUGUUUAUAGGGACACUUCAUGCAAAAUAACUCCAUACUUUGCUGGGAAAUGUGUUCCAUCACGGUUAUUGGAAUCCCCUAAAUAGAUGGAGCACUGAGGGGAGUUUGGCACGAUUGCACAUGCUGGCGAGGGAGUGGGAUGUAGUGUGACAAAUGUCUAGGAAGCAAUGAAUAAAUAGUCGUUCCUCCAUGAACCAUCGUAAUGGAUGAUAUCCAAGCCGGAGGUCAUUCUUAAAAUAUGCUUGGCUUCUGUACUAUUCUUUAAAGCCAAUAUUUCUUCAUGUCCAGCUACUUACACAUAUCAAUGUGUAUACACAAAGAGUAGGUGCAGAAAUGAGGUGCACUAAACCUUGGUUCUGGAUACAUAAAUGUCCUGGCAUAUGGUGAAUUUCAGAGUUGACCAUCAAAAAAUCCUGUAUUUAACUACUCACCUGCGCCAUGUAAGAAGCAUUCUGUAGGUUGAAUCAAUACGUGAAGGUAUACUUUAUAAUUUUUUUAGCAACUACAACUAUAGUUGUACACGGUCCCUGAUUUCCACAAAUAAUCAAGCCAACCAUAUAGUAAAAGGAAUCUUUUUCAUGGUAGGCACAGGUCUAAGCACGUUUCGCAACUCUACUCCUUAUAAGUCAUAUUUAUUACAGUAGGAGAUUGUCAGUUGAAAAAAAAGGAUGCGCACGGUUUUAGAAGUCAAAUAGAAGAUGUCACAGAUUGCAGGAAAAGAUAGAGGUCUUAGACACUGGAUCGGUUUGUGUCCACUGAUGUAGUGUCACUGCAAAGUAGCGAUGGGGCCUGUCCACCCAACGUUCUUAUCACUAGGCAGUGUGCUUCUUUCUAUUCAGCUCCUAUCUGAAGUACUUAUAGAGGAGAUGGACACUGGUCAUGUAGCCAAAGAGAAGCUCAGGAAAAGAAACACUCUGUAUUGACAGAAAGAUGUAUGUGAAGCAAGGAAUUGUGAUCUGUCUGCUUAUAUAAGCAAGGAAACGUCACACUCCCAGAGAUGCAGUGCUUUUAUAUUUUAUAAAAGGAAUGCACUCAUUCCCUUUUGAAUAGAUGCUGGAAGAAAGGACAGUUUUAUAAUACAAUAAGGCUGAGUCUCAUUCAAAGUUGCUGAAGUUGCGGAAGCCUGUUUCUUUUUCAUCCACUAGUGGUCACUGGAGUACUCUUGGGAUAUGGACGGGGCAUUGGCAGGGAAAGCACAUUUAAAUAUUUAAAUUAGUAACCCUCCACCCCAUCCAUACUCCCAAGGUACCUUAAUGUUUUUUUUGUGCCUCAUGGGAUAGCACACGGAGUCUUCUCCAGACUUCAUUUUUUUCUUUUAAAAAUUUUCCUUUUUGACAAACCCCAAACUCUUUUCAGCUUACUGAGAAGCGUGGGUCCGGGUUUGGGGGCUCUGCUGAGUGCAGCAAGGCUUGUCGGCGCUCAGGAGACGAGCCCCACCGUAGACCUCAUCAGCUGUAGCUGAUUCAGCCUAAAGCUGCUGGACAGAGCUUGUCAGAGCCUCCUCUUGACCCAGGUAAUGAGCGACCAGGCAGCUCACACUGCCGCCGCUCCGUUAUACUCUGUAUAUGUGUUCAUAGGAGCAGGGCAGUCAGACCUUGCUGGCGCCCCGCCAUGUGGAGGAGUUCCUGCUUGUUACUGUUCACUGUGACUAUCCAGGGCGGCCGCGGUCAGCAUACACGCUAGCCGCACGCUGUGUCCCUCCUCGCCCAGCCGCGGAAAGCCAUGCUGCCGCUGCUGGGCGCCUGCUAAGUCCCACAUGUCCCAGCUGCGGACAGCCAUGCUGCCGCGCUGGGUGCCUGCUCAGUCUCUCAUCGCCCAGCCGCGGACAGCCAUGCUGCCGUCGCUUGGUGCCCGCUAUGUCCCAGCUCACGUGUUGCGCGCUGGCCAUCUGUCCCACCUUUCACAAUGGGAGUAACGCUCCAGGGCGGCCGCCGCCGCUGGCCGCACGCUGUGUCCCUGCUCUCCCAGCCGCAGAUAACCAUGCUGCCGCCACGGUCCGCUCUGCUCCCCUGAGUUACUCUCAGGGGAAAUGUAUAGGGGGGACAAUUUCCAGAUUGCAGCAGCUGCACAUUGUGGAGGUCCCAUCCUGAGGUCCCUCAUCCAGCGUUGUCCUCACAUAAGGGGGGAUGGCCAUGGAUUGUAAUUAUACAGGGGACUAUUGGAGGCCUUUGUAUAUGUGUUUAAAUAAAAAAAAAAAAGCACAUGGCUGGACACCAUUUUACAAAACUUCGUGUUUCUUUUUACAGGAAUUUGAUUGGCCUACAACACUCAGCCACUGGUGGGGCCAGGGGUGUUCGUAGGGCUUUCAGUGAAGUACAUAUUUAACUGAUUUUAGUGUGUACUACGUGCACUGCAUUUCUCAGUUAUACACACUUUAGUUACAUUUUUUACUGAGUUGUAGGGACUUGUGUUUCACUGUAUACUCUCUAUAAUGAUGAGUAAAGCUAAUUAAAAAUAAAAAAAGCAGCUUGUCUGCAAUGUCUGUGACCGUGUGUUACCUGAUGGAACUUCAACUUCCAGUGUGUCUUGCAAAUACAGGUCCAAAUACGAACCCUGAUCCUCCUUAGGCUAUAAUGGCAGGUGUGAUGUCUGAAUUAAAAUCAGAGCUGGCCACUGCGAGUAAAGAUCGUGGGGCGGCUAAGUCUGAUUCUAGGGUAAUGCUGUCUGAGCUGCCAGAGUGGGCUCAGGAUAUGUCAAGGACUUUGCAGAUUUUACAGAAGUCAAGGUCUAGCUCAAUUCCUAAAAGUAGUCGUAGUGUGGCUCAUAAUUUACCGGUUUCAGCGGUGUUGCAUUCUGACAAUUAAGUGCCAGACCUUAUGUCUCAGGAGGUACAAGAAAGAGGAAGGUGAAUUAAGCCUGGAGUCAGAUAGUGAGGAUACUGAUAACCCAACCAUUGAUAAUCUCAUCAGGGUGGUACGCCAGGUUCUAAGUUUUGCUGAUACUGAGGAACCUCUUUCAAAUGAUGAAGUUUUAUUUGCUAACAAAAAAAACAGAACACCUGUGUGUUUUCCUUAUUCAGAUUCUCUUAAUAAACAGUUAACAGAAGCAUGGAAACAUCAAGAUAAACGCAUUGCUGUGCCUAGACUGUUUCUGUCUAACUACCCGUUCCCAGAGUCUUUGACAGUGAAAUGGGAAAAUCCCCCAACAGUGGAUUCCUCUGUGUCAAAACUUUCCAAAAAGUUAACCAUUCCAGUCCCAGCUGCAACGGCUCUUAAAGAUCCGUCAGAGCGUAAGCUAUGCUAAAGUCAAUGUAUACAGCAGUAGACGUGUUGCUUAGACCUGCUUUAGUGGUAGUUUGUGUUAACAAGGCUAUCGUUGCAUGUGCGACACAGCUCAAGUUGGGCCCACAACAGGAUCUCCCUUUAGACCAGCUUAUACUUCUUGCUGAUCAUGUCUGUGACUCUACUGAGUAUUUAGGUACGACUUCUGUGGAUGUCGGCCAGGUUUGUUCUCGCCUUUCGCCCUCACUAGCUUUGGCUGCAUUCUUGGCAGGCAGAGUCAAAACGAGGAAUAGAAGCGUUGCCUUACGCUGGCGAGAUGUUGGUCCUGAAUUGGACAAAUGGAUUUCUCGGGCUACUGGGGGAAAAUCUGUUUUCAUGCCAUUGCCCGCACCGGUUCCUAAGCGUAAAUACGCUGGACCGGCGUUCAAAUCUUUCAGACGUCAGUCCUCUCGAGGCUGUGCUAGAGGAACAACCGUAAGUAGUAGACGUGGUUUCCAACAAACCAACACCCGUCGUCAGGACACAAAGUCUUCUGUACUCAGACGUUUCACUUGGUGUGGUUUCAGGCAUCUGCAAGUGGGUGGAUCCGUAAUUUAGUGUUCACAGGUUACAAAAUAGAGUUCGAUUGUCUACCACCAAUGCGGUUUUUCAAGACAGGCCUACCUGUGUAGGAAGACAAAAAAGCGGUUCUUCAGACUGCGAUUCAAUCUCUCGUAGAUUCAGCAGUUUUGAUUCUGGUUCCAGUUCACCAACAGGGUCAAAGGUUAUUAUUCCAAUCUUUUUGUAGUACCAAAGUCGGACGUCUCAGUCAGACCGAUAGUGAACCUAAAGGGGCUCAAUCAGUACGUCACUUACUACAGAUUCAGGAUGAAAUCCCUGCGGUCAGUGAUUGCAAGUUUAGAACCACAGGAAUUCAUGAUUUCUCUAGAUCUCAAGGAUGCGACUUACACAUUCCGAUUUGGCCACCGCAUCAGGCGUACUUAAGGUUUGCAGUAAAACAAAACCAUUAUCAAUUUCAGGCACUACUGUUUGGUCUCUCAUCAGCGCCUCGGGUAUUCACAAAGGUGAUGUCUGUGAUGAUAGCUCAUCUCAGAUCCCUGGAGUGAUAAUAGUUCUGUGCUUAGACAACCUUCUCAUCAAGGCUCAGUCUCAACAAAUACUCCUUCAACAUGCCUUACUAACGUACAAUGUACUAGUUCAGCACGGUUGGAUUGUCAACUUCAAGAAAUCAAGUCUAGUUCCGUGUGAAAGAAUUCAAUUCCUAGGAAUGAUUCUGGAUAGGGUGGAUCAACGCAUUUACAUGCCAGAAUAGAAAACACAAAGUAUUCAGCAUCUGGUACAGUUAGUGCUCAAACCACGGACAGUCUCAGUGCACUUGUGCAUUCGCCUGUUAGAAAAGAUGGUGGCAUCUUUCGAAGCACUCCUUCACGUCCAUUUCAACUGGAUCUUCUCGCGCAGUGGUCAGGCUCUCAUCUACAAAUUCCAUCAAAUGGUGCGGUUGUCUUCAAGGGCCAGAGUAUCACUACUCUGGUGGCUCCAAGUACAGCUUCUCACUGCUGGAAAACUGUUCGGAGUCUGGAAUUGGAUAAUUCUGACAACGGACGCAAGUCUCAGUGGUUGGUGAGCAGUGAUCCUACAUCAUCAAUUUCAGGGUCUCUGAAAGAUUACUGUCAAUAAAUGUCCUGGAACUCAGGGCAAUCUACAGUGCUCUGUCAAGCAGUUCAAAUACUCAUGUCUCAGACUGUUCAGGUUCAGUCAACAACGCGACGGCAGUCGCAUACAUCAACAAACAAGGAGGGACUCGAAGUCGCAUGGUCAUGCGGGAAGUUGCUCAAAUCCUGAAUUGGGCCGAGUAUCACCAAAUGAUAUUGUCGGCAGUGUUCAUUCCCGGAGUGGACAACUGGGAAGCAGAUUAUCUUGGGUGUGGUAUGUUAGAUAGAAUAGACUUAGGGCGACAGUGUCUAGGUCGACCACUAUUGGUCGACAUGGUUUCUAGGUAGACAGGGACUCUAGGUCGACCUGAAAAAAGGUCAACAUGAGUUUUGUUUUGUUUUUUAAAUUACAUUUUUUUUAGGUGUCGUUUUCUUCGUAGAGUGACAGGGAACCCCAAUUAGUGCACUGUGUCCCCUCGCUUGGCUUGCUUCGCUCGCCAUGCUUCGGACAAGGCGCCUCGCUCCGCUACUGCUGCUCUCUGCACAGGUUACCGUUCCCAACUGUAGUCCACGUGGAUUGUAAAGUAUGAAAAAGUAAAAAAAAUAAAUAAAUAAAAAGACCUUUUGUCAUGUCGACCUAGAGUCCCUGUCGAUCUAGAAACCAUGUCGACAUACUUACUGUCGACCAAUAGUGGUCGACCUAGAAACUGUCAACCUAAGUCUUGUCGACCUAGAUACCGGAUCCCGAUUAUCUCAGCCGUCAGGAUUUUCAUCCAGGAGAAUGGGCUUUACAUCCAGUGGUGUUCCAGAUGUUGGUCCAGCAGUGGGGUUACCCACAGGUGGAUCUAAUGGCAUCUCGCCACAAUCAUCAAACACUCCAUUAUGUGUUCAGAACAAGAGAUCCAAAGGCAGUGGCAGUGGAUGCUCUCACAAUAGCGUCAAAAGAGAAUCCACGACUGUCAUACUAGUGGUGCCUCAUUGGCCUCGGAAAGCGUUCUCGGAUCUCCGCAGUCUACUCGCAGACAAUCCGUGGCCACUUCUGCUACGUCCAGACCUGUUACAACAGGGUCUGUUCCAUUACCCCGAUUUAGCGCGGCUUCGUUUUGACGGGGUGGCUGUUGAGACCGCUCUCAAGACAAGAGGGCAUUCCAGAGUUGGUUAUACCAACUAUGUUACAUGUUCGGAAGCCAGUUACAGCAGCUCAUUAUCACAGGAUUUGGCUAGCUUAUAUAAGUUGGUGUGAAGCUAGGAAGUUUCCGACAUCAUCUUUCAAAUUAUCCUGGCUUUUGCUAUUUUUACAGGCGGAGUUAGAUGGAGGACUUCGUUUAGCUACGCUAAAGGUGCAGGUCUCCGCCUUGUCAAUUUUCUUUAAAGACGUUUGGCCCUUUUGCCAACAGUUCACACUUUCCUGCAAGGUGUACUCAGAGUUCAACCUCCAUUUAUAACACCUACAGCGCCAUGGGACUUGAAUGUAGUUUUAGAUUUUUUGCAGUGGAUGUUAAGUUUCUAACUUGGAAAACAGUGUUUCUCCUAGCCUAAGCUUCGGCAAGGCGUGUUUCAGAAUUGGGUGCCUUGUCAUGCAAGCCACCGUAUCUGGUAUUUCAUGAUGACAGAGCGGAGCUUCGGAUGAAUCCCGCUUUUCUACCAAAGGUAUUAUCUUCCUUUCACAUCAAUCAACCAAUCGUAGUUCCUGAUUUUGCAGAAGGUUCUGGAACUCCAGCUACUUUGGAUAUGGUACGCACACUCCGCGUUUAUGUAGCCAGAACAUCACCAGUACGUAAAACGGAUACAUUGUUCUCUAUGAUGCAGUCAAGAUAGGUUGGCCAGCUUCCAAAAAGACAUUGGCAAGCUGGAUUAAGCUGACUAUUAGUCAGGCUUACUUUCAUGCUAGUCUACAACCACCUGCAUCUGUUUCAGCCCAUUCCACACAUUCUGUGGGAAUGUCAUGGGCAGCAGGUUGUGGAGCUUCUACGACGUAGUUUUGCCGUGCAGCAACAUGGUCAUCAGUGCACACGUUUGUGUGCUUUUGCAAGUUUGAUACGUUUGCGGCAUCAGCAUCUAGCUUUGGCCGUCUAGUGUUACAGGUGCCAACCAGCUCUCCCGCCCAGGGGGGAAACUUUGGUACGUCCCAAGAGUAAUCCAGUGACCCUUAGUGGAUGAAAAAGAAAAUAAGAUUUUGGUACUAACCAGAUAAAUCCUUUUCUUUGAAUCCACAGGGGGCACUGGACGCCCACCCAGAGCAGUUUCACCUGGCUAGUGGUAAAUUCAGUGGAUCUUAUGGUAACACAUUCUCACCGACUUGUUCAAAUGUUAAGGUGAUUGUUAUCUAUUGUCGUGUCAACUUUUUAGUUGUCCGUUAUGUGUCAACUUUAUAGUUGUCCGUUAUAAUGUUAUAUGUAAUUCUUCAUUGUUCAUCCUCUCUUUCGCUCCUGUUUGGCUCAGUAAAAAACACUGAGGUACCUUGGGAGUAUGGAGGGGGUUGAGGGUUACUAAUUUAAAUAUUUAAAUGUGCCUAUCCCUGCUAAUGCCCCGUCCAUAUCCCAAGAGUACUCCAGUGCCCCCUGUGGAUUCAAAGAAAAGGAUUUAUCUGGUAAGUACCAAAAUCCUAUUUUUACUGCUUCAUGCUAAUCUGUUCAGCUAAUGUGGGGCAUUUUACAUGUGCAGGCGGAAACCAGUGCCACCCGUUGGUCUACGGUGGCUGCUGCAACGGUCAUUAGUAUAGGCAUUUGCACCACCCCCAUGCUAGGUGCAACAGGUUUGCUGAGACAGGUUUCCCUUCCUCGUAUGCACAACUCACACACCGCUUUUCAUGCAUGCCCACAACACUUACAUGAGAAGUCAGGGUGAUUUUCCUGUGCUUUCACUUUGCCAUUACCCAGUUCCCGCCCUGUAACACCCUAUUUCAUGGAUAACCCGAUGUUGCCAAGGACUAUGAAAAGGGCAGACAUACACAACAAUGUCUAAAAUUGUCUUCUGCAUUUGCUCUAUAUGCAAAACCUUACCAUUUGCAUUCGUGAAAGAUCAUUGAGCCUCAGAAUCAGCCCCAAUAUCUGAUACAGCUUUCUUGUUCAUUUGCAUGGUGUUCAAGUUGAUGUCUCCCACAGGGUGGCAUCAUUAGAUCAUGUUUAGCUGUGCAGAAAAUGUCCCCAUGUUGUAAACACCAGCAGUAGACACUGAAAGCCAGAACCCAUUGGGCGAUUACUUUUAUUAGCGUAGCUAGUACUAGACUUAUGUUUAAAUCUGAUUGACUGUUAUGGAUUACAGUACUUGUGAACUGCUUGCACCAUGUAGGAUAACUGCUUGCACCAUGUAGGAUUAAUCAUUACACACCACUGCUUAUACAUGGUAUCUGCUCUAGGACAUUAUGAUUAAAGUGGCAAGUGUUGAAGAGAAAAUAUUGAACCUCACCUUGUAUGUAGUGUUCUGUGAUGCUUCCUUAAUGGCUGCCUUGGAUGGGUUUUCUGAAUUAGACAUUUUGUGUAAACAGUAUAGACGUUGCCUUUUAGAAUGUAAAUUUGUCUGAGGUUGUUAUUUCUACUGUAAGUGAGAUCAUCACCAUUUUAUAUUAUUUGGAAGGUAAUAAAUAAGGUGAACAAUUAAGUUUUGUGAAUAUGUCAUGGAGCCAUACGGCUACAGUUCUGCAGCUCUCCUAACCAUACCAUGUCCUUUCAUCUCAGGUUGCCAGUUGAGUAUGUUUCUACAGACAGUAUACGCUACCAUUGCAUUACACAAGGCCAGUUUACAUACUGUGUGGGUAUUUGGGAAAGUUGCGUUAUUUUUGCUGUUUUCAAGAAACAAUGAGAUGAAAGCUUUAAUAGCUAGCUUGCUAUGAAAUGAAAGGCAGUUUUCAUGAUCCUUUCCCUUAAAGCUGGUGUAUUAAAUAUUUGUCAUUUGGUUUUUUCAUUAUGUUUCUUUAAAUUAUAUGAAAUUGCCACUUACUACUAUAACGAUUAUAGGCCCUCAUUCUUUUUGCAGCCAUGCAAACGUAUAGUCGCCGCCCACGGGGGAGUGUAUUUUCGCUUUGCGAGUGUGCGAUCGCAUGUGCAGCGGGGCAGGACGAAAAAGUUUUUUGCAGUUUCUGAGUAGGUCUUAACUUAGCCCUUGCGAUAACUUCAGCCUGUCCGGUCCCGGAAUUGACGUCAGACACCCACCCUGCAUACGCCUGGACAUGCCUGCGUUCUUCCAACCACUCCCAGAAAACGGUCAGUUGACACCCAUAAACGCCCUCUUUCUGUCAAUCUCCUUGCGAACGGCUGUGCGAAUGGAAUCGUCGCUAGAAGAAUUGCACAGUAAUAAUGCUGUUUGUACCCGUACGACGCGCGUGCGCAUUGCGGUGCAUACGCAUGCACAGUAGUAACCUGAUCGCUGCGCUGCGAAAAAACGGCAGCGUGCGAUCAACUCUGAAUGAGUGCCAUAAGCCCUAACUUUUAUUUAAAGAAAUUAAGUACCAAAAAUUAAAACAACACUUACAAAUAUUCCUUCUCAGUCAGUUGUAUUUAUCCUCCAAUAUCAUUGCACUAUAUAGCAAAUAAAAAAAUCAUGCUCAUGAAAUGGACUAUAAUGAAGGUAUAAUGUAAUCUUGGUACCACUGAUACAGUAUAUGCUGUCUUGAUCAUAUGUUCCAAAGUCUCUUGAGAGUUUUUCAAAAAUGUGUCAUUUAAUCCACCUUUUGGCAAGUAAUUACAAAGGGUAACAAGCAGUAUCUUAUUGAGUUCUGGACUUUCGCGCUUAAAUGCUUAGCACUUCUGAUCCAUGAGAGCAUAAUUGCCACUGUAUACAACUGCUUAUCAAUCUGAGGUCCUCCUGGGUAUUUUAGGCAGCUGCAAGUAGUUAUCCUGUCAUGCUCGCCAAUGUGUGUAUCCUGUAGCGAGUUCUGAUUUCUUCAGAAAAUGUCUAGCUGUGGUCUUCUCUUGUGUGUUCCAGAACUUAUGUUCACAAAGUACAAAUAAAGUGGUCUGUGCUGGUAUUUAGAUUUCCACAAAGCACAUUGCUUUACAGAGCAAGAUGAGGCCAUUUGCACAGGCCAAGGGGAGGAGUUAGGUGAAGUUUGGGCAUUCCUGGUUAAGAACAAAGCACAUGGCUAUUUUGAGAUGAAAAGGAAAUGAUGUUGGAGCAGGCAGUGUUCAGGUUUCUUUCUUUCUUUCUUUUUUUAUCUUUUUUUAUUUUAAAGUGAAUAAUUUUGCAUCUUUUACAAUUCUAGGAACACUGUAAUAAAAUUCUUCACAUUCACAAGUAACAUCACUUAUGAAUUGGUUUAAGCCAUAAAUUAAGCUAAAGUGAUCAUUAACUUGACUUUUUCACUAAAAUACUGAACAGGCUGGUUAUAAAGUUGAAAGUAGUUAGAAAUUGAUGUGACAUUUACAGUUUUGCACAGUGCAGUUGUCUUGAGAGUAGACUGUAGAUGGGCCCCUUAAGGGGGUACACAUGGAGAGAUCAGUGCUUUAAAUUCUAAGCAAUCUGACUAGAUUGUUUAGAACUUAAGCACGGCUCUCUCCGUGUGUAUGCCCGAUAGCGAUGCGUUGCCCUGCGCGUCGCUAUCGUCCUUGCUAGAUUGGCACCGCUGGGUGAAAUGAGCGUCCGUCCCCCUCGCUCAGCACACAUCACGCUGUACUGUGCAGGGGAGAGAUGUGUGCUGAGCGGUCACUGAUAGAUUGCUCAGCACACAUCUCUCCCCGUGUGUACGGGGCUUUAAUGUCUGCAGAGUGGACCAUUGCGGUGUGAUGGUGCUUUCUGUGCACUAUAUAACGGACAUCUUUCCAGUUUAUUAGAAUGUAAAAACACAGCAUGUUCUACAAAAACUUGAUGCUACCAUAUACAGAUAUUUUAAAAGCAAAUUUCUCAUGAUUUUAAAUGAUACAAAACGCUUCACAAUUUUGUCACCACUUAAUGCAUUUUCUUGUCGGUUAAAUGAAUGUUCUCUGAAAGUAAAAAUAGAAUAUUAAUUGUGGGUUACAGUGUUUGUUUCUCACUGACAUCUCACCAGAUAAUGUGUACCCAGCGCAAUGUCAUCAGCAAGGGGGGGUGGCGGAGGCCAUGCUGCAUUCUGUAGCAUUGCCCUUGCUGGCAAUGUCGCCCGUCGGACCGCUGUAGGAGGAUGUUGCUGCCGACACGCGGAAUUGCACAUCCUCCGUGACAUAUUGUUUACAUAGCCUAGUGUGUAUACAAUAUCGGCCAGAUCGUACGAUAUAUCGUCUAGUGUGCACACUUAUUAAGGAGAGACUAAACUGUGCUGUUAGUAACUGCAGACGGUUAUGAAGUAGCAUUGUAUUGCUAGUAUCUUUGCAGUUAUAACAAGUAUUGUGCUGUUAGUAGCUCUGCAGACAGCUAUAAGCCAUCAACAUGCUAUUAGUAAGUCGUUCCUUGAUUAUAAACUAGCACCAUGCAGGUAGUAACUGCUUCCAGUUAUCAUCCGUACUGUUCUGUUAUACCCCUUUCAGACUGCCAGCUUUAAACACAGGUUAUUGCAAAUGAGCAAGCAUAACCGGUGUUGCUGUGCAGUCUGUUCAACUCUGCUCGCUGUGUUGUGUGAAUGGGAAGCCGGGUUGAUGCGACACAUUUCCCGUUCACUCUGUGUGAACGGGGGGCACUUGGAGAUCAUGUGAUCAGGGGCCUGAGGCACCCUGAGAAGCACCUGUGUCAAGCUCCCGGGUGCGACCCACCUCAGGCGGUGUGAAAGGGUAUUAGUAACUUCAGUCAGUGAUAAAUAAGCGUUGUGCAGAUAGUAACACUGCAGCCAGCUGUAAACUAGUGACAUGCUGUUAGUAACUCUGCAGUCCAUAAUAAGCACUGUGCUGUUAAUAACUUGUAAAGUCACUUAUAAACUACCAGGCUUUUUGUUUUUGAAUUCUAUAUAAUGAUGAACAUCAGAAGUAGCAGUGUUGAUGCAUUAUCCGUAGUCCUUUCUAAGCCUGAUAUUCUAUGUUGCUGCCAAUAAACAGAACUGUUUGCUACAAAAAUAAUUUUAGAUUGCCAUUAAUUAAUAUAGAUGAGUACAAAUGUCCUUUUCAGGAUCCUCCAACCUGAAGAACUACUUUUUAACACCCAUAAGAUCUAAAUACCAUUAUGGAAAUGCAAUCAUGCAAUUUUCUAUAUAUAGGGAAAAUAAAACCAUUAAUAAUUGUGUGUAUUUCUAUUGGAUUUUUGCUCUUAACUAUUUGAGCUGGAAUUGGGUGUUAAAGUAAAACCUAAAAAGUUCUACAAACUUUGUCAAAACCGAAAAUAAAACUUUUUUUUCUUUUUCUUUUAGUUUUUAGAACCUUUUUGUGCCUUGAAUAUGUUGAAUUUUUUUAUUAACUCUCCUCACUAACGGAUGAAAUAAGUUGUGAAUUGGUAUCCUAUUUUGCUGGCUGUAUGUUGAACUGGACGAGACAAUUUUAAAAUCUGUUAAUCUUCUUGCUUUUAAACCUUAGGGCUUUAUCACUUUUGUUUAUCACUUUGGCAUACAAAGCAGGGCACUCACAAGACAGCCUUUAAACUAGGUAAUUAAGCAAGGCAUUAUGUUGCCUAGUUAGCACUAUUAUCUUAAACAUUUAUUUAUCUAGACCUCCACUAAUGCUGUGUAAUAUGUUGGUACUGCAGGCAUCAGGGAUGCUCAAAUUUCAGGUCUUACUGUACAUGCACAGUUACUCAGUGAGAAGACAGACACUCCAGUAACCAACAGAAGUCUCGCAGUUGGAUGCAGCCAAUAAGUAAAGUUUAUUGACCUCAUAGUCUGACGUAGCCAGUGGUUAAUUUCUCGUGAGGCACGUGCCUGGGGGCAGCACUUGGAUGCUUGUGUUGGUACUCUUCAGCCCAAAAAGUACCAGUAACUGCAGAAUAUUUCUACUGUACUGUACCGUAUGCCAUCUUGAAAUUAGUGUAAACGGGAAGGACAUGCACAUACUGCCCCUGUAAGCUGUCCUACUUAGUAAAUAUUUACAUAAUUAAAAAUAAAAAACUUAAUAGUGGCUUCUUUAUUAUUCCAAUUGGCUAUUAUCAAAUGAGGGCUUAUAACCAAUCAAGAAAAAUAAUAAAUUAGGGAGGGUGGAGCGUAAAUCCGGCCCUGGACGUAGCAAUGAGGUAGAAUCAUAGACAGUACAUACAGCCUUGGAUAGAUUGGAGUUGAUUGAUGGACGUGGCUACCUCAACACUUUACAUCUGCAGAAUACAACAAAGUGACAGGCUAUGUUAUUUAAUGUACGUCCAGCAUUUCCCUGCCAUAGUUAGCAUUAGUAUACAUAAGGGACCAAAGUUGUAGCCACUGUGUAAAUGCUGAGGUCUGCUUGGAAAAUGCCAUCCCUUCUGUGUCAAAAAAACACUUGCAUGUUUCUGUCCACUGCCUCUCUGUAGCUGUAUCGGAGAAACACCUUGCAAAAAUCACGGAGAUGACUUCAUUUCACUCUGUAAUCUUUCCCUAUGCUCUCAUUAUCCCAAUAGCUGCUAUAAUACCUCCACACGCCUUAGAAGUACUUUUAGCCUUAUAAACAGAUGUGUUUCCAGUGUAAAUAUGGGAUUUUAUUUUCCACCAGCAAAGCUGUUUGAAAUUGUACCAAAUCUUUGGUUGAUUUUUAUAACGGAUUAUUUCUUCCAAAGCUGCUACAUUGUCGCCGUGGAAAGCAGUUUGUCAGCAAAAGCUUCUGUGCAAACCUCUCAUUGUGUACAAAAGUCCCUCGACACCAAGACUGUUCUACCACCUGAUUUAAUGUUGGCAGCUUAAGUUCUGUUUCCAAAAACAUUUAAUUCUACCCACAAAUAAACUAUAUUUGUGAUGA